ACGCCUUCGUCGCCCGCUGCUCCUCCCUAGGUUUUCUUGGCGCUGCUCCUCCCCGGCGACGCCUCCGCGCCCGCUCGUUGUCCUCCUCCGCCUUCCGUGACUCCGUCCGAGCUCUUCGCCGUCCUCCGUCGCGCAGCUCGCCAAGUCGUCGUCGCAGCUCCCCGGCAGGAGGUCCGCCGCCGUCCUGAUCCGGCCGGUUUCGGUCGUCGACGCCGUCUUCGUCUUCCCGGACAAGGUACCCAAAACUUGUAAGAUGGCGGAUGAGGAACAUGCUCAAUCUUCUAGGAAGAGGGUUGCAGAUAAACAAAUCAACAAGGACCAUCCUGAGCCUGAUGAUGACUCAGGGGAUGAAGAGACAGGAACAUUUAAGAAAGCUAGUGAGGAAGUGAUGGCGACCCGGAGGAUUGUAAAGGUACGGCGCCAGCAGCCAGCGCCAGCUCCUUCUACCAAUCCUUUCUCUGCACUUAGAUUCACCCCCAGUGAUUCUAGUGUUCAAGCAAGUAUCCCUGUCUCGGUGCCUCCACCUUCUGAUGUCAUGACGGCAAAUGUAGAGGACAGUUGCACAAGUGAGAAAGUUGAUGAGGGCAGCAAUGGCACUGGGAAAGAUGCGUUAUCCACAGAGGACAAGAAUACAGGUUCUACUGAGGUAGCAGAGAUUCAAAAGGUUGAAGCGGCCCUGAAAGAGUCAGAUGGCAAGGAAGAAGACACAGUGGAUGGAACUGUUGAGGGCAAGGUGGUUGUUGGAGAACCCAAGGAAGAUAACGGCAAGACAUCUGGAAUCGAGAGCGAAACAAAAGAUAGAGAUGCUGAAGAGAAGAAAGCAGCAGAUGAAGCUGGAGUUGAAGAUAAAAUCGUCAAGGAUGAUGCUGAGAAGAAAGAUGAAGCUGAAUCAGGGACCAAGGACAGAUCACCUGAGCAGAAGGAUGGCGAUAAGCCGGCACCUCUUUUCUCAUUUAAGAAUCUUUCAAGUGGCCAAAAUGCUUUCACAGGACUGGCCGGAACAGGAUUUUCAGUCUCAUCAUUCUCAUUUGGCUCAGGUUCUAAAGAAAGCUCAGAUGCUCCCCUGUUUGGCCUAAAGAGUGAUGGCUCUUCAUUCCCUUCUUUCAACAUUGGUGCCAUGAACAAUGGAAGUUCUGCCCCAGCGCUGGCCACUGCAGCAGAUGCACCAAAGAAAUUUGCUAUGCCAGAGGGCCCAGUUGAAACAGGUGAAGAGAACGAACAGGCUGUAUUUACUGCUGACUCUGCAAUAUACGAGUACCUGGAUGGUGGCUGGAAAGAAAGAGGAAGGGGUGAACUUAAGCUGAACAUCCCAGUAUCUGGUGGUGAGAGAUCUCGGCUCGUGAUGAGGGCCAAGGGCAACUAUCGGCUGAUCCUGAAUGCAAGCCUCUACGACGACAUGACGCUGAAGGACAUGGACAAGAAGGGCGUGACAUUUGCUUGUAUCAACAGCAUUGGCGAAACACCAAGCGCGCUCACUACAUUUGCUCUCAAGUUCAAGGACACUGGCAUCAGGGAAGAUUUCAAAGCUGCGGUGGAGACGCACAAGGCAAAGAAGGCUUCGGACGCGCUGAAGACACCUGAGAACUCCCCGAAGGCAUCUGAUGAGUAAAACCACCAUGGUCAUUCGUUUUGGUGUGUAUGUGUCGGAGGAAGGAGCUGAGAUGCUCCUUUUUCUUCCGGAGUCUGGAGUUAAAACAUGUCUUUGUUCUACUGGAGUCUUGAGUUAAAACAUGUCAUACCUAUGUCGCCUUAAGAUGCAGUUGCAUACUCUUUCAUGUCUGUUUCGCAACGGUGGGUAGUCUGUUGAACUAUUAAUUAAAGUCAGAGUCUUAGUAACUGGAGAUGAGACUCUUUUCAACUACAGACGCAAUCAUCCUGUUGGCUAUAUUUAGUGAUGUCUA